ACAGUCAGUUGUAAUUUAUUGUUCAUGCGAUUUAAUUCGUGAAAUGUUCUCUUAAAUAAAUAUAAAAAUGUUGAAAACUAUUUUGGUCUUGAUUUUUGUACUUUGUGGAGUUUAUUUAGCUCCAGUGAAUUUUAAAGAAAUGGGAGAUGAAAACUUGAUCAGUGACGUUGAUGUGAUCGAAGAUUCCAUCAAAGAAGAUUUGUCGGAAUCACCAACACGUGUUAAGAGAUUCAACGCAAAGAAGCAUCCUUACCUCCGAUGGCCCAAUAAAACUGUUCCUUAUUGGAUCAACAUGACAUUUUACACUUCUGAACAUGUACAACAAAUCGAGAAGGCAAUGCGAGAAAUUGAGAAUGUCACAUGUUUGAAGUUUGUUGGUCGAACUUAUCAACAUGACUAUGUCACGUUCACUGGUAACACUAAACGUUGCGUGUCACAAGUUGGGCGCAAUGGAGGUCAACAAUAUAUCAGAUUAAUGCCGACAACUGUGGAAACAAAUUGCUUCCGACUUGGUUCGAUUAUGCAUGAACUUGUGCACACGUUGGGAUUUUACCACACACACAUAGGGACUAAUCGGGAUGAUCAUAUCAAAAUUUUAUGGGAGAAUAUCGAUCCUUCAAGACAAAACGACUUCAAAGUCUUUUUAAAGUCUGAUGAAGUUGACGAUUUCGGUCUUGGUUACGAUUUUGAUUCAAUUCUGCAAUAUCAUUCAAAGGCAUUCUCAGCAAAUGGAAAGCCAACGAUUGUUGUGAAAGAUCCCAACAUAAAACCUAAUCGAAUGGGACAACGAAAAAGUCUAAGUCGAGGCGAUGUUUUAAGAAUUAGAAAGUUUUACGAUUGUGAUGAUGAACCAAAUAUCUAAUGCUGAGGAUUACGCAAAUAUUACUCACAUUAAGUUUACAGAACAAAAUUAUUUAUUCAGGAAAUCUAGUGAAAUAAGAGAAAUGAUUAUAUUUACAGAACUUAUAAAAAAUCUGCUUAAUAAUUAAGCCCGAAAAUAAAUUCUAUUUAAUCAGGUUAAGUUAAUAAUAUAAAAUCAUCAUUUUUUAUGUUUAUCUAUUCUGGGAAUUGUUCAAGAAUCUUUAUCAUUAUUUUGUUAUCUAACAGAUAACUGAUUAAUUUGAUAAAACCAUGGAUGUUUCUUUGAUAUCUUUCAAUCAACAUUAUCAAAGCAGUUAUCUGAAAACAUUGAAAACUAACAUUUUGAUUCCUUAUCUCUGAUAAGAAGACCUGAAUUAUUGUCAAAAUGAUUUUAGUCAGUGAAGUUUAAGAAUUACGUUGAAAAGUAAAAGUUUUAUGGAGCAAACUCUGUGGAAGAAAAAUAUCGAAAAAGAUAUUGUUGGAGAUGAAUUUUUAAUAAAUUCUUAAUAAAAAAAUAAAAAUAUUAAAACCGU